AUGGGGAGAAAAAAGAUUCAGAUUACAAGGAUUAUGGAUGAACGUAACAGACAGGUGACAUUUACAAAGAGGAAAUUUGGGUUAAUGAAGAAGGCUUAUGAGCUGAGUGUUCUGUGUGACUGUGAGAUUGCUCUGAUCAUCUUCAACAGCACCAACAAACUGUUCCAGUAUGCCAGCACCGAUAUGGACAAAGUGUUGCUGAAAUACACCGAGUAUAAUGAGCCGCAUGAGAGUCGAACGAAUUCGGAUAUUGUUGAGACAUUGAGAAAGAAAGGACUUAAUGGCUGUGACAGUCCAGACCCCGAUGCAGACGAUUCAGCAUUGAACAAGAAAGAAAACAAAGGUUGUGAAAGCCCCGAUCCUGACUCCUCUUACGCUCUCACCCCACGCACUGAAGAAAAAUACAAAAAAAUUAAUGAAGAAUUUGAUAAUAUGAUCAAGAGCCAUAAAAUACCUGCUGUUCCACCACCAAACUUUGAGAUGCCAGUUUCUAUCCCAGUGUCCAACCACAACAGUUUGGUAUACAGUAACCCAGUCAGCUCACUGGGAAACCCCAACCUUUUGCCGCUGGCUCAUCCUUCUUUGCAAAGAAAUAGCAUGUCUCCUGGCGUGACACAUCGGCCUCCAAGUGCAGGUAACACAGGUGGCCUGAUGGGUGGGGACCUCACAACCGGUGCAGGCACCAGUGCAGGAAAUGGAUAUGGCAACCCCCGCAACUCACCAGGUCUGCUGGUCUCACCUGGCAACUUGAACAAGAAUAUGCAAGCAAAAUCUCCACCUCCAAUGAAUUUGGGAAUGAACAACCGCAAACCAGAUCUCCGUGUGCUUAUUCCACCUGGCAGCAAGAAUACAAUGCCAUCGGUGAAUCAGAGGAUAAAUAACUCCCAGUCUGCUCAGUCAUUGGCUAAUCCAGUGGUUUCCGUAGCAACUCCUACUCUACCAGGGCAAGGGAUGGGAGGAUACCCAUCAGCCAUCUCAACAACAUAUGGUACUGAAUAUUCUCUGAGUAGUGCAGAUAUAUCAUCUCUCUCUGGGUUUAAUACAGCCAGUGCUCUUCAUCUUGGUUCUGUGACUGGCUGGCAACAGCAACACCUACAUAACAUGCCACCAUCUGCCCUCAGUCAAUUGGGAGCUUGCACUAGCACUCAUUUAUCUCAGAGUACAAAUCUCUCCCUGCCUUCUACUCAAAGCCUCAACAUCAAGUCAGAACCUGUUUCUCCUCCUAGAGACCGUACCAACACACCCUCAAGAUACCCACAGCAUAUGCACCAUGAGGCAGGGAGAUCUCCUGUUGACAGUUUGAGCAGCUGUAGCAGUUCAUAUGAUGGAAGUGACCGAGAAGAUCACCGGAAUGAAUUCCACUCCCCCAUUGGACUCACCAGACCUUCACCAGAUGAAAAGGAAAGCCCCUCUGUCAAGCGCAUGUGGCUCUCUGAAGGAUGGGCAACAUGAUAACCUUAUUACAUUUUUUUUUUCUUGUAGUGCAUGUGUGCUAUACCUUAAUGGAGGAGGGAGGUCAAUAUGCAUUAUGUGCCAUGUGUGGAAAAAAAGUCAGGUACUCUGUUUUGUAAAAGUACUUUUAAAUUGCCUCAGCAAUACAGUAUAAGGAUAAACAGAAAUGCUGAGAUAAGCUUGGCACCUGAGUUGUACAACAGAACACUUGUAUAAAAUAGAUUUUAAGACUAACUUCUAUUCACUGUUGUGCUCCCUUGCAAAAUGUAUGUUACAAUAGAUAGUGUCAUGUUGCAGGUUCAACGUUAUUUACAUGUAAAUAGACAAAAGGAAAACAUUUGCCAGAAAUGGCAGAUCUUUACUGAGAGAGAAAGCAGCUGUUAUGCAACAUAUAGAAAAUGUACAGAUGUUUUGACAGACCCAGCAGUUGGGUGGCCAUGAAUUGAUGCUAGAAAGAGACUGGGUCACCUAACAUACCGAAAAUGCUCACAAACAUGCAGGCGUAUCAUUAGAGUAUGGCACUCAGUUAAAAAGGAUCAAAACAUUUAAAGAGGACCAUACUUGUAAAAAUGUUGAGUUUGAGGGAAAACAUAUUUAUUUUUUAAAAUUCUGGGUCUGCAUCACUUCUUAAAUAAAAAAUAUAAGAAUAUGUACAUUAGAUUUUGCUUAUUU